GAAAUAAAACCAUUACCUUCGAUUAUUAGGGCCCCGGCCCAUGCUGGGCGUUGACAUUUUGUCUUAGCAAUCUUUGACACUAAAUAAGCUGCUGUUGAGUGUCAAAUUUCCCCUCCUUCAUUUUUGGCUAGUUAAAAUCUAUCUGGAAAUCAUGAGUAUCAAAAGAUUCAUAGCGGUAGCUGAUAACAAAGAAGCAGUGAACAACCUUUUCCCCCUUUUGUGAGUGAGCGAGGGAGAAAGGAAGGGAGGAAAUUUGAACAUCGGAAGACAGCAGACCAGAAUCCCCAUAGCCAAAAGAGAUGCGGGGGAUGAAGUAUUUAUAAAAGAUUAUGAUGAUGAUCUGAAGCACAAGUGUAUGGAGAAGCCUCAGCAAGAAUACGAGCCAGGAAGUGAUUCAAAAGCUGGUAGCAACAGCAUGAGGCAGGAGAUCUGGGAGGAUUUGAUAAUUAAUCUACUUGGUCUCGAGAGUGAGUAUAAUCACCUACUUCCCACGGAAGACCAAAAUACAAGUGAUCUGCUAACUAUGCAAGAUGAGACCAUCAGUCCUCGUGUAAAUCACACUCACCCUAUGGAGGACUCUUUCCAGUCAAACCCCAUUGCAUCUCCUCCUCCUCCAACACAGCAUAUUGUUUUAACUGUUGUUAAUGACAAAGGCACGCCUAAUAGAACAAGAAACGGCUGCUUUACAAGGGCUGCUUCUAAGUGGGGCUUUGUAAUCACCAACCUGGUUCUGGAGACUUUGACAGCAGCCUGUGAUCAACUUUCUUCUCCACGUCGGCCACAUUAUGCACUAAUUGGGUUGUUAACAUCUUUGUCAGCUUUGCUUAUCUGCAUUGGUGAGCUCAUUUAUAAAAGUCGAAAGGAAUUAGUUUCAUGGACACGGGCAGGAAGGUUUUGUUAUCCAUUUCCUCACAAAGCAAUAUUCAGUAACUUUGCUGAAACUUUUGGACUUAUUUGUGCUGUGUUUCAGUGCAUUUUCUCAACAGUGGAGUACAAUUAUUUCCAGCAACACGAGAAUAACCCUAUCAAAUUAAAUAUUUUCCCUGUUGUCUUUGCUGCGUGUUUAGCCUGUUCAGUGUCAUGCAGGAAACAAGACAUAGAGACAGACCAUACAGAUUAGAAUUAGAUCAGACCAACUUGUGGCUCAAGAGGAUGAUUUUUCUGCUCUAUGUCAAUUUCAUGUACUGGAAAAAAUUGACUAAAUGUUCUCUUUUUGAAGUUUAUUUCAAUUACAUGGCACCAGUAUCACAGACAACAGUGACUUCUGUAAGUCAAUUGUUCAUUUUGUUGUGGUUAUUUGAAAUUUUCUCAGAUAUGAAUUCCAAUUUUACAGAUUGUAUACCACUGUCAAUGCAUAUAUAAAGCAAGGGUCUAUACCAUAUAAUGACAGUGCAAAUAAAGUGCAAAUAAACCUUCUACUUAGGGAUUUCUAUUUUCACAUCUUAAAUGACUGCAGCAGCCCACUGCUUACAAAUUGUGGUAGGGUUUUACCAUGUUUCAGGAAAGCAACCUAAUGAAUUAGGAUGCUGAAAUAGCAUGCCCUUUUGUGUGUCGUCUUCUGUCAAAUGAGAUCAGCAACGCUUACCCGCCACCCACAAAGGAUGGCUAAGACAUUAAACAGAAUAUAUGUUAAUGACUUUACCCUGAUGUAUGAAGUUCUUCUGAACUCUGGGCCUUGACCACAUAGGAGAGGGCAAGACUGAGUUAAAAUUAGGUGGCAACUAAAUAUACAUAGAGUGCAAAAGGGCGUAGAAUCCAUAAAAAAAGUUCCCUGAAUUUAGCAGAAGAAGAGACCAUAGCUGAUUAGACCACAUAAAGAAGGCCAAUAUUCUAGGCAACAGCUAUCCUUACAAAACCAAAGCUGCAAGCCAUAUGGACAUUCAUGUUUUCUGACAUUGUACAGAAUUUCCAUCUAGGGGGCUUUACCGUUGCUACAUUAUGGUUUCUGAUUCAGCCCACUAAGAAGCUCUAAACAUCUCCUAAACCCAAGCAUAACUAAACUAAUAACUGACUUUGCUCACAUGUAAAAUCAUUCUUUGCUCAAGUAUUGUUUGAUAAUGAUGGAAAGCAUUGAAACUUUAUUUUAUUCAAAGAGUCCUUUUUUUCCCUGUUUGUUUGGUUAUUCCUGUUGGAAACCGAUUAAUUAAAUAUUUUAUUGGAGAAAAUAUUUGCAGCAUUAAGCAACUAUAAUACCUGAGGAAAAAUAAAGUGGUCUGAACCACUUUUUGAAGCUAUAAAUAUGUGUCUUUGAC